AAUUCUACACUAUGGCACUACGUACGUUCUCAAUAUAUUAAAUGACUCCAAUGAUAUUGGAGAAAGGGGGGUGGGGGAAAGUACAAUAAAAUAAGGCUGUGUUUGAUUAUUUUUUGGUUCGCUUAAAAUCCCUGACCGGAAGCUGGACGUCAGCACUCCGUGUAACUUGACCACUGUAGAGAAAACGGAGCAGAAGAGCGAAACAUGGCGACUUCGAACAAUCCGCGGAAAUUUAGCGAGAAAAUCGCUUUACAUAAUCAGAAGCAGGCAGAGGAGACAGCAGCAUUUGAAGAAGUGAUGAAGGACCUGAGCAUAACGCGGGCAGCCAGGCUCCAGCUGCAGGACACAAAGUAUUUGCAGAUGGGAUCGAGCCGUGGGCAGUACUACGGAGGGUCUUUGCCAAAUGUGAAUCAGGUUGGAAGCUGCACUGCUGAUGUGUCUUUUCAGAAUUCAGGUCUUGACACUAAUAGAUCUACGCGACACCACGGAUUGGUGGACAGAGUCUACCGAGACCGGAACCGCAUUACAUCGCCCAAUCGGAAACCGCUCUCUAUAGACAAACAUGGACGCCAGAUUGACAGCUGUCCGUACGGCUCAGUGUACCUGUCGCCGCCUCCUGACACCAGCUGGAGAAGGACAAAUUCAGACUCAGCCCUGCAUCAGAGCACUCUGACUCCUGCACAACACGCCUCCUUCACUGGAGGCUCUCAGGAACUUCAGCCAAAACGAGUUCUCCUCCUCACUGUUCCAGGGUCUGGAGUCCUUAAGCAAGAGGUUGAUGAAGACGGACAGAAGCAGAGCUGGGACUGUAAAAAGAAUGUGUCGCAGAAUGAACCCUGUCAAGUUCCUGGCAUCCACAUAUUCCCGACCCCAGAGCAGCAGAUGGCUACGUCUCUGAAACCAGGGGCCCACAACAGUGGCGGCUCUCUUCCUGACCUGACCAACAUCCAGUUUCCUCCCCCUCUGCCCACCCCGCUGGACUCAGACGACACAGCAACCGUCUCGUUCGGCUCUGCCGGCAGCACUCAGACUCCAGGAGGGGACACUUCUCAGCCAACAGUAACCAUGGAAAUGGAGCCUGGCCAGGAGAACAUGGUUCCUCUCAUCCUGAAUGCAGGAGACUCACACCAGCAGCAGAACCUGCACCUCUCACAAACGUCUCCAGAACUCCCUCUAUCCCAGACGGCCAUCAGUGCUAUGAAUCUUGAACAACAGUUGUCUCAGUAUUCUUUCAUCAAUCAGCAGUCAAUACCCCAGACACACCAGAACCAGCAAACAAGUCUAGUCCAGCUGCCAUCUUCUGUGAACUCCUGCUCUACGUCAGACAACCAGACAUCUGCACAAACUAACAUGACCAUCGACAUGAAUGCGGCUGCCUCCCUGCAGUACCGCCACAGGGUCGGGUCUUCAGCCAAUCAGUCUCCAACCUCUCCCGUCUCCAAUCAAGGCUUCUCACCCGGAGGCUCACCUCAACACAACUCCAUCCUGGGCAGUGUGUUUGCUGACUUCUACGACCAGCAACUGCCGUCCAUUCAGGCCAGCACUCUGUCACAACAGUUGGAGCAGUUCAACAUGAUGGAGACCCCCAUCAGCUCUGACAGCCUGUACAGCCAGACCUCCACCCUCAACUACUCCCAGGCUCUUAUGAUGGGUUUGACCAGCCACUGCAACCUUCAGGACUCCCAGCAGCUGGGCUACAGUAGCCAUGGCAACAUCCCCAACAUCAUUCUGACAGUGAGUGGAGAGUCUCCUCCGAGCCUCCCCAAGGACCUGACCAGCUCACUGUCCACAGACAUCGGCUUCGACAUGGACUCCCAGUUCCCACUGGAUGAUUUAAAAAUUGACCCUCUGACUCUGGAUGGCCUGCACAUGCUGAAUGACCCAGACAUGAUCCUCGCCGACCCCGCCACAGAGGACGCAUUUCGCCUCGACCGCCUCUAGUUCUUGUUCUUCGUCACUCACCGUAACUGAACCGGCCCGUCCAGCGUUUCUGCCUGAGCAGAACAAGCAAUUCCACUCAAUCGAACCCCUGACAAAACGAAAAAAAUCCUAUUUGGGAAAUUGCAUGGAGACAUUCCUGAAGACUGCUUCUAGCUUCUGGCAUAAAGUACGGGAUGAAUCUAUUAGAUGGCUCAGUCUCUACAUUCACCAUUCGGAUCGCUUUUCAACACCAGGCUAACUGUUUGAGCAAUCCGGCAGCAGAGACAGCCUGGUGACUAGCUACAGUUAAACAAUCAGCAUAUUCCAGUCCAGCUGCCUGAGUAUUUUAUAUUUUGAUGAUUUAGAGAAAAUCCAGAAAAGGUAGACUCCUCUCAGACUCCUCUAGCUUGGGUUUGGGAUUUCAUCUUGAUGGUUUGUGAUAUAUGCCCCAAGAGGCGCUGAGUCAUCACUUUAUUUUUAGGCUAUUUCUGAAAAUAGAUUUUAUCAAAGGGAAUAGGAGUCAUCGUUUAUGCAUGAAAUCAUAAAUCACUGUGGAUACUUGUUUUGCCUUAAAAGCUUGACGUUUUGGUUUUCAUUGCAAAAAGAACAAAAAAAAAAGCUAAGAAGUCAUUUUUACAGAGUUGCAAAGUUGCUUGGCCUGCAUAAUUUACAGUUGUGUUGUCACUACUAACUCAUAAGUCAGAACCUAACUGCGGAUCCGCUCGGUCUUGGUGAAGAGAACGAUGUUUACAGGCUUACAGGCUUAUACCCUUACUUGUACAGAAUGUGGUUGGAUUUUUGCGUAAUGAUAUCUAUGCAAAACUACGGUGACUGGGAGGACUGGAAUGUGGGAACUAGUUGAAGGCAGAGUCGGGGGUUCCUCUGGAACGCACGUGGAUGUCUUUCAACAAACAUUUUUCUUUCAUUUUAAGGUCAAAUAUGGAAUAAAAUAGAGUAAGCAUGGCAGUUGCUGGAGAUUCCUGGAUUUCUCCCAAAGACGGGACCUCAGUGGGUGAAACCUUUUUUUCCAGUCAGCCGAACUGCCAAACAGCACUGUUGAUGCAAUGAGAAUGUACUUAGUUUACAUCUGUGUGGUUGUGAUGCUGUCAUUUUGUUAUCCUCAUUCCCUUCUUUUCUAUUUUUUUGCUACAUGUAGAGCCAAACACCUUCCGCCUGUUACUUUAAGCACACCUCUGAGUUUGGUUGUUUUCCUGCCAUGUUUGUCGUUUUUGUCUUUAAUUCAUCUUUCUGCUGUUAAGGUUUGUCUUGAUGUUGUCUUUUAGGUGGGUGGUUUCUCUUCACUUUGUUCACAGAUAUGUUCCAUAUCUCAUUUUUUGCACUUUAUGCUUUCAUUCGAAAACACAGAUUCAAGUGUUUCUAUAUAGAGCACCCCAUCCUGUGACUGUUAAGUGAACUGGACCUGUUUGAUCUGUCUUUGUUCAAACUUGCCUUCUUGUACAGACAAAGAAGAAAAAAAGAGGAAAAACCCAAAAAGCUAAAUUAAAAUUAUUUUUGAAAAACAGAAUUAUCAGGAUAGUUUAUACAAAUGUGUUUUUUUCUGAACUAGGUUGUAUUUUAGGAUUCCUGUGUUUAAGCAUUUGGUCACUGCAGCAGAUUCUUUUGCUACUGUCAGAGGGUCUGGGAUAUAGAAAAUAAUAAUCACACAGAAGAUAUGGAAAUAAAUAUGUAUCGUAAAUACAACUAGGGAUGCACAAUAUUUUAUUAUGUCGUCUCUAGGUCUGGCUUAAGCAAGAGAUGCACCAAUCAGUGUGUUCUGACUGGAUACCAAUCUCUGUUUUUGUGAAGCUUUGAGCUGCCUAAAGGAUUUGAACCGUUUCUCAUUUGUAUUCAGGAUCUAUGGAGUACAGUAUAAUGCCAUUAUAGCUCCAAUAUCUGGACUGGUCAAUUUCAGAGUUGGGAAAUUGAGGUUGGAGUAACAUUACUUAAACUUAUUUUCAAUCUGCAAAAGUGAAAACUAGCGACGUAAGUAAGAGUAAUGCGGUAUUUGGUAGAAAGUCCACUGAAGUACUGACAGUAACUGAUCAUCAUCUGACUUAAUGUAUAAAAAUGACGUCAUCAGAAAAUAUUAAGGAAUGUGCAAAACCAGGUAUUUUAACAACUAGAGAGAAAAAAAAUCAAAAUAAAUAUCAUCACAAAAUAACCAAUUCAAGCAGUAAAAUCAAUUAAAAAUAAAUGUUCUACAUAUAAGACUUAUGAAACUUAUGAAAUAUAUCCAGAAAUGUUACUCAGGCAAAAGUAGUGAUAUUUUAUGAUAGUAUUAUUCAAGUAAGAGUAAAGAUUAAACUCCUAAAAUUACUUUUAUUUUUCCUCCUGGAUGUUAUUUGAGAAAAUGGGACUAGCUAGCUUAAAACAGCUCUCUAGUUGAUAUUCAGGGUUCUACUGUCAAGAUUUGCUAUGCUAACAUAAUGUAACAAAAUUAAAAAUGUUAAUCUUUCAUUUCCUCCUUCUUGUGGUUGGUCUCUUCAUGUUUUCAGCUCUCUGUGUAAUGAUAACUCUCACAUUUGAUAAGGGAGCAUGUACCAAAUUAACCUGCACAACGUCCAGAUUCCACAAAAAAAUUUGAAAUAUUUUUAAUCUUCACUUUAGAGUCAGGGUUAAGACGUUUAUACAAGCUAAAUAUUUUCUAUGGUUUUAAGCUUUAAAAUGUAAUUUUCCAACACUUCUUUGUGCAUCUCUAGUUUAAAUCUACAUCUUGACAAUAGCUGAGGCUGCUUUUGACCAUUUCAGAAUAAUUUGGUAUAUUAAAAUAGGAAGUCUAUAGGUUUGGUCUAAAAUGUUGAAGUGCUAAGCUGAAAAUGAAGCUCAAUGUAGGUAUCCAGGAUCUGAGCCAGAAAAUCAGUCCAGGUGAAAUUUGUAUGAGAAUAAAAACAUGCUCUUUUCUUGGUCACUAUGUUGGAUCACCUUUAACCAAUGAAAAAAAAAAGUGCAGCUGCAAUGAUUCCUACUUAAAUAUGUUUUAAAGACUAUUUUACUUCUCCUGUCACAGUCUGAAACAGAAACGUUGGUCUUUUAUUUUCCUAUUAAAUGCAUGAAACUUCAGACAUGAUUUCUCCUUUUGUUGGUGAUUGUUUCCUCUGAAUGUUGGAAAAUAUUUAAUUCAAAUAUUUAAAGGUUUUUUUGUUUUUGUUUCUGUUUGCUAAAGAUAUGUUGUCAUGUUAUACUUGUGUCAUGUGUGUUUAAGUGACGCCUAAAAAUGUACAGUGAUGAGCCUUUUAUGCACAUGUGGAAGCUAUUGUUUUGGCACUGUGUUUAAUCUGCAAUAUAUAGUACGUGCUUAUUUUCUGUGCAACACCUGCAGAAUUUUAUUAUGUCAAAGUACCUGUAGGAUAGUUGUGUAUAUUGCUGUACUGUAGGAACAAUGUUUUUGUGCUUACUGUGAGAUGAUGUCAGAAUGGGAAAAUGCACUGAGAAAUACUGCUGGAUCUCUCUGCUGGAUCUCCAGACUCUAAAGUGAGCCUGAUGUUUUGCUGGCUCUGUUUUUUUUUUUUCUUUCACGUUUUCCGUUAAAUUCCUUUAGCUAAUGUGUUGUCUGUGUUUGUUACUUAUCUGUACAUCGGUGUUCAGGUAUCCAUUGGUGAAGCACCAGUGUUUACAGAGACAAUGGUUUACAACAGGGCAACGUUUGUUUGCCAAAGCCUUCAUCAUAGUUUCCGCCCUGUAUCUGGACUAAUGAGCAACUGCACUAUAGAUUAGGAAAAUGGUUCAGUUCCUUCGCUUCAAUGCUGGGAGGAUAAUCUUUGUAUUGGUGAAAAAAUAUAGAUUUACUUCCGUGAGGUUAGUGAUUAGAAGUUUCCUUUAUGUUUCAUCCUCAUGCGUUUCAUGACCACAAAGUACUGUUGUUUAGUUGAAAUUUCCCAUUCCUCUGUUCUUGCUAUAAGCAAGUGCCAUAACAAAGAUUUCUAACACGUUUGCAUCUGGGUAAAUUUGAAUAUCAUUGAAAAAUUUAUUUGUUUCAAUAAUUCAAUUCAAAAAGCGAAACCUGUUCAUGCUGCAGCUUUGGCUUUGCACAGGGAGAUAUUUCAAGCAUUUAUUUCUGUUCCUUUUAUUCAUUUCAAGGAGCAGUAUUAUGUAAAAUUGACUUUUAUGAGCUUUACUUCAUGUUAUAAUGUUAUUUUAUAAUCAAAAACAUACCUGGAGUGUCGCCUUCAUUCUUUCAUGUAUAUUUGAGAAAUUUUUUCAUCUCCACAGUAACCAUUCAGCUGUGCAAAACACCUAGGUGGACUUAGCCCCGCCUUUGAGGCACAGCUCCUCCUCUGAGCUGCAGUUUCUAAGCUUUCGCCUCACAGAGAAGCCGCCCCUGCGGCUCCCCUACUCAGCUCCUUCAGACUAGCCAGCAGCAGUUAGCAAACACCUGGUGGAACUGUGCAUCUGCAUUAUUAUGAGCUACUUCUCAGAGCAAUGUUGGUAAAAACUUUGUUAAAGGGUUAAUAGAGGAGCCAUGUUGUAAUGACUUCCUGAUUGCAAGUUUCAGAAAAAGCAAGAUUUUCUUAAAGAGACAGAGGCCCAAUUUCAAGGCGUUUAAUUAUGAAGCAAAAUUUACUUAUAUAUAGCAUUUUUAUGACAACUGAAGGUAAAAUAGUUUCUUGAUCAUAUUAUAAAAUGACUCUGACAGCCACAUAUAUUUAAUAAUAUAUAGUAUCUAUAAUUACAUAUACAGUAUUUUACAUAAAACCAACAAAAAGAGAUUUUAAUACAGAAAUUCACUUCUUUAUCUCCAGCUGCAGAUCACACUAUGUGAAUCUACACCAAACUCUUGGAUGGACAUUGCAUCACAAUUCUCUCAAGGCUGUGGUUAUCCGUGUUCUGAUCGCUCACCAUUGUUUUCCACUAAACCUUUCACUAAAAUUCAGACUGUGAACAUCCAGCUUCUUUAGCAGAGAAAUGGAAUUUUGGGUUUCGAUUUGCUGUAAGGCAGGGUCAUCAUCAUGAACAGAAGUAAAUGCUUGACAUAGAUCAGUGGGAGUGGUCUGAGUUUUACUUUUUGAAUUAAAUUAUUAAGAGAAAUAUGUAAAUUAAUUACAUUUUUAAUUAUAUUCUCAUGUAUUGAGAUGCACAAAUACGUACUUAAAAAUGAUAUUGUAGUAAACCUGCAUGAACUUUAGUUCUGUUUCUUUUUUAUUUAGAUUUAAAUCAACAUUUUAACCAAAGUUCAAAACAGCCAUAAGCUAGAGAGUAUGGUAACAUUCUGGCCGUCAAAUGGUCGAUUUUUGGGGGGUUUGAAAAAUAGCACAUAAACAUUUCAGUUUUUGCAUGAAGGUAAUUUCAGGGUAUGUCAACAUGUUAUAUUUUAUUUUGAAUUCAUUUUUCAAUGUUAAAAAAAAUGGUAGUGAAACAAUAUCUCAUGAAAAAAAGUUUAUCUUAUUUAGAUAGAUUUACAUUAUAGUUAAAGAUAUAAUAGGAAAUACCAGAAACUGAUGCUUUGAAAGGUGAAAGGGAGUCAUACUUAUGUUUGGUCACUCAGUGUGUAACUUGCAGUGACUGAAUCCUUAAUGUGCAUUUAGAGGACAGCCCAAUGCUGGUUUAAGCCUCAUACAAUGGCAGCUAAAGUCUUAUAUAUACAGAUAUAUAUAGAUAUAGUGUUUUAUUUUGGAGCACGGUGUUACUUUCCCAAACACUAAAAUGCAUUUUACUGCCGUAAAGAGAUGCACUGUGCUCCAGUGGUGUUCUCACUUCAACAGCAAACGUUAUGCUCAUAUAAUAUGCAAAAUCUAGCAUUCUGCAACACCGCUUGGCGAGUUGUUACUUUUCUCCAGCUGACCCUUUAAGAAUGAUUUGUUCACAGCUUUUCCCUAAAAUUGUGUCUUUUCUAUCUUAACUGUUAAAUUGGACCAAAAUAAUGAAAGUUAGCUGUAAAUGUGAGCUGUACUGAAGACGAAAAACACUUCUAUACAAACAGGACGUGAUUUUUGUGUGAUGGCUUCUGUCUUCGUAUCUAUUUUAUUUUUUGUAAAUUUAAUAUAAAUAAAUAUAUCUGACAAUACA